UCCGACCUGGACCUCCUCCGGCACGGUAGUGUUCCGGGGUCCGUGGGGAGCAGGACAGGGAGACGGCGGCCCGGCCCGCGUGGGGCACGAUGUUGAACAUGUGGAAGGUGCGGGAGCUGGUGGACAAAGCCACCAAUGUGGUUAUGAAUUAUUCAGAGAUCGAGUCUAAGGUUCGAGAAGCAACGAAUGAUGAUCCUUGGGGACCUUCUGGGCAGCUCAUGGGAGAGAUUGCCAAGGCUACAUUUAUGUAUGAACAAUUUCCAGAACUUAUGAACAUGCUUUGGUCUCGAAUGUUAAAAGACAACAAAAAGAAUUGGAGAAGAGUUUAUAAGUCUCUGCUGCUCCUAGCUUACCUCAUAAGAAAUGGAUCAGAGCGUGUUGUUACAAGUGCCAGAGAACACAUUUAUGAUUUGCGAUCCCUGGAAAAUUACCACUUUGUAGAUGAGCAUGGCAAGGAUCAAGGUAUAAAUAUCCGCCAGAAGGUGAAGGAAUUAGUUGAAUUUGCCCAAGAUGAUGACAGGCUUCGAGAAGAGCGAAAGAAAGCUAAGAAGAACAAAGACAAGUAUGUUGGAGUUUCUUCAGACAGUGUUGGAGGAUUCCGAUACAGUGAAAGAUACGACCCUGAACCCAAGUCAAAGUGGGAUGAGGAGUGGGAUAAAAACAAGAGUGCAUUUCCAUUCAGUGAUAAAUUAGGGGAACUGAGUGAUAAGAUUGGAAGCACAAUCGAUGACACCAUCAGCAAGUUCCGGAGGAAAGACAGAGAAGACUCUCCAGAAAGAUGCAGUGACAGUGAUGAGGAAAAAAAGGCGAGAAGAGGCAGAUCUCCCAAAGGUGAAUUCAAAGAUGAAGAAGAGACGGUGACGACCAAGCACAUCCACAUCACGCAGGCCACCGAGACCACCACCACCCGGCACAAACGCACAGCCAACCCUUCCAAGACCAUUGACCUGGGCGCCGCAGCGCACUACACAGGGGACAAAGCCAGUCCUGACCAGAACGCGCCAGCCCAUCCACCUCAGCCUUCAGUGAAGAAUUCAGUGCCUGGCAGCAAGUCAUCUGGAGAUCUUGUUGAUCUGUUUGAUGGCUCCGGCCAAUCAACAGGGGGAUCGGCAGAUUUGUUCGGGGGAUUUGCUGACUUCGGCUCAGCAGCUGCAACAGGCAGUUUCCCUUCCCAAGCAACAAGUGGGAACGGAGACUUCGGUGACUGGAGUGCCUUCAAUCAAGCCCCCUCAGCCCCGGUGGCUUCUGGCGGCGAGCUCUUUGGUGGUGCCCCCCAGGCAGGACUAGAACUUGUCGGUGGCUCACAGGCCGCUCUGGGUCCACCUCCAGCCGCCUCAAAUUCCUCAGACCUGUUUGAUCUUAUGGGCUCCUCUCAAGCAACCAUGACAUCGUCCCAGAGCAUGAACUUCUCUUUGAUGAGCACGAAUACUGUGGGACUUGGUUUGCCCAUGUCAAGAUCACAGCCUUUGCAAAAUGUUAGCACAAUGCUGCAGAAGCCUAAUCCUCUCUAUAAUCAGAAUACAGAUAUGGUCCAGAAAUCAGUCAGCAAAACCCUGCCCUCCACGUGGUCUGACCCCAGUGUAAACAUCAGCCUAGACAACUUACUACCUGGAAUGCAGCCUUCCAAACCCCAGCAGCCAUCGCUCAAUACGAUGAUUCAACAACAGAAUAUGCAACAGCCUCUGAACGUGAUGACUCAGAGUUUCGGCGCUGUGAACCUUAGUUCUGCACCAAACAUGCUUCCUGUCCGGCCACAAACUAACCCUCUGAUGGGAGGCCCCAUGCCUAUGAGCAUGCCCAAUGUGAUGACUGGCACUAUGGGAAUGCCCCCCCUUGGCAAUACGCCCAUGAUGAACCAGAGCAUGAUGGGCAUGAACAUGAACAUGGGCAUGUCAGCUGCUGGGAUGGGCUUGGCCGGCACGGUGGGAAUGGGCAUGCCCAACAUAGCCAUGACUCCUGGAACUGUGCAACCCAAGCAAGAUGCCUUUGCAAAUUUCGCCAACUUUAGCAAAUAGGAGUUGUCAAAGAUGCAGGUUGAACAAAGAAUUUUUAGCUGUGCAGAUAGGUGAUGUUGGGAUGGAAAAUGCUAAUCAACUCCCCUUUCUUUUAUCAAUUACUUAAAUAAACCUACAGAAAGAACCAAAAAGGCUGUUUUCUAAAAGUGAAAUACCUAGUAUUUCAGAAGGCCAUGCCAGAGCACUUCAAAUCAUUUUUCCCAGUGAGGAUAGACCGCAGAUGGGGUGGCGAGGCCCCUGAACGCCUUUAGAAAGCCAAGAGCCCAGUUCACAUCGUGCGUUGUGGGAGAUUGGAGUAGUGCCGAGUAAAUGUGUUUGAAUCUCUAAUUUUAUACUUUUCUUUUCCUGAUGAACUUGAUUUUUCUGUCCCUGAAUCGCCUUGUCAUAAUUGGGUCUGUUCCUUUUACUACCACUCGAGUCCAUAUAUGAAAUCAUUAAAGUUGGAUGAUCCGUUUUUUAUAAAAAUAUCUAUUUUUGUCCAAAAAAAAGCAUCCACAUGUGAUUAUGGCUAGGUCAAAGGUGACUGGAAUGUACAUACUUUUGCUAAUGUCCAGCAGCUCUGCAGUGAUACUAUCCAAACUUUGAUUGUAACCAAGUCCCUACGCGAUCGGCGCUGGCUGUGUGGGCUUCCCGUUGCUUCUGCUCUUCAUUUUCCAGGGCAGAACCAGGGGGGACAUCAUUUUUUUAGGACUGCUCUACAGUUCCCUUUUUAAAAAGAAAACAAACCUCCAGUAUUUUUUUUGUUUGUAUUUAGCAUUCUUGUUUUACAAUUUGCAUUGAUUUCACUUGACAAGGCUUCCUUCCGUGUUCAUCCUUAGAGCCAGCAUUUAAGUCGGGAACAGUUAAAAAGAGAAAAAAUUAUUUAUUUUUUAAUCUUUUUUGGUGUCUUCCAAAAAUUGGAGAGAUAGAAAUCCAUUGAAUCCUUAAGUGAAGUAUAAUUGUUAGAACUCAACGAUGUUCACUUUUAGACUUUCUGCGGUAUUUGUUUUUGUUUGGUUCUGAGUGUAUAUAACGCAACAUUAGCAAUACAGUUUCUAUAGAGGAGUUCUAUAUGUUACUAAAGGAGGCCUGUAGCAGUCAAAUAUUUUAUUGAUUUAAUGACAAAUAAAGGAAAUUAAUUCAAAUGUUUUUCUUUCCUGAUGUAGUUCUGCAUUAAACUCACAUGAAAAUCAUGAUUCUAGAGUUUGGAAUGCAAAGUUAAUUGUUUCAACCUCAAGCUGGGAAUAUUUUUUAAAAUAAAUACUAUAAUAUAGUUAUCAAAUUAUUACCUCCCCACUUUAUGUUGAAGAUUUUUUUAUUAAAUUGAUAAAAACUUUGUUUCCAUUUUAUUCAUAAUGUUCUGUUAUAUAUAACAUUAAAAUGUUCAUUAAAAUCAA